AAAACCAAACAACGCUUAAGCUUUUGUGUAGAUAAGGCACCUGCAAAAUGAUAAAUGUUGGCUAAAUAUUAGCUAUGCUCUAGUCUCCCAUGGCCCCUACCAUUUAAGAACAUGGUCAGUCAGCAAUAUAAGUCCAUAUCAUAAUCUGGCUUUUUUUGUGGGAAGUUCAAAACCAACAUACAUUCCUCUUUCCAUCACUAUUAGUAGUACUGGAGGGACAUCCUUCCCUAAUCUUUAGCCUAUGUGCUCAAACAUUCCUGCUUCAUUUCAACUAUAGUUUUCUGCAUAUGGUUCCUCCACAACUAGAGUUUUCAACUUUCAUACGCAUUGAAAACCAAUUCUUUGAGCAAGAUAUGGAAAGUUUUUUAUCUAUGAUGAAGUCCAAGGGGAAUAUAAGGCCCAAAAAAAUAAGCCCAGGAAAUUAAGGGGUGGCUAAACCAGUAACCAGAGUAAGUGCAAAUCUGGGGUUGUCUUGUCUCUGCACUCGGCUCCCUCACCUCCUUGGAAAAGCCUAACCCUUAAAUCCUUUGAAUUUGUAUCUCUAAGCCAUUGACAUUAUCAUAUAAUCAGAUCCAUUGUUAACUCUUUUAUUUGAUCGUAAUUCCUGGUAGAGAAAAAAAAAAAAAAAAAGAAGGGUGAGGGGAGCCUCCUGAAAUUCUUCUUAUAGCUGGGCAAGGACUAAACAUAGGAUUAGGAAUCUUAGGUGGGCUAUUAAUCUGUCACGGUUGUUGGUAGAAGGAGCUUAAGUGGGAUUUCAGGUGCGAGGCAAGGUGUUAGCAAGUUGGAGAGAUCAAGGAACCGUAACGUACAUAUUCACUAGGAAGGUCAUUAGUACUACACGCGUAGGGUGCUCAGGAUAGAUUUGUCUAUGUUGCAGGAGGGUGAAAGUGGAGUAGAGUUUAUUCCUUUUUUAUUCAAUUGACCUAAUAUUUGCUUCACAAGAAAGGUAUUUUCAUGAUACAAGGUUGGUGCUUCUUAGGUGAUAACUUCAAGUACCAGAGAAGAAACUUAAUUCCGAGUGCUUUUCAUUGUUGAUAUGGUUAUAUAGAGUGACACUCGUAGGAAGGUUGUAAAAUGGCUUUUGUUUCAGAGGAAGAAAAAACUGAGGAUUACCUUUUCAAGAUUGUACUAGUUGGUGAUUCAGCUGUUGGGAAAUCGAAUUUACUUGCAAGAUUUGCUAGGAAUGAAUUCUACCCAAAUUCCAAGUCAACCAUAGGAGUGGAGUUUCAAACUCAGAAAUUGGAUAUAAAUGGGAAGGAAGUUAAGGCACAGAUCUGGGAUACGGCUGGUCAGGAGCGCUUCAGGGCCGUUACAUCUGCAUAUUACCGAGGUGCAGUUGGAGCUCUUCUUGUGUAUGACAUCAGCAGACGACAGACUUUCGAUAGCAUUGGUAGAUGGUUAAAUGAACUUCAAACUCACUCAGACAUGAACGUAGUCACCAUUUUAGUAGGCAACAAGUCGGACCUCCGGGAUGCCAGGGAAGUAUCCACAGCCGAAGGGAAGGCCUUAGCAGAGGCACAGGGUUUAUUUUUCAUGGAGACUUCUGCACUUGAUUCCUCCAAUGUAGCGGCUGCAUUUCAGACUGUCGUUAAAGAGAUCUACAACAUAUUGAGCCGGAAAGUUAUGAUGUCUCAUGAGCUCAAGAAGCAGGACGCACCAUUGGAUGGGAAGACCGUGGUUUUACAAGGGGAUGAGAACCAAGAACGUGCUACUGAGUCACCCAAAUCGGGUGGUUGCUGUUCAUCCUGAUGCUUAUCCAUUUUAACGAUUCUCCAUCAAGUUUCCACUGAAGUUGCUGAUAUUUCUUCUUCUCCAUGUCUUAAUUUGUUUGAAUAACAUUUGUUUUUACUCGGUCAUGCUUUGCUUUUAUCAUAUAUGGUGGCUGAAGAAGAGACUCAUAUGGAAUAGAAAUUAGAAUAUGUAAAUGAACUCGAGGGGGAUUGGAAGGGGGUUAAAGAAAAGAAAAUCAAAUUCAGAUGACUAUAAAUUUUCGAAUGUCAGACAUAUUUCCUUCUUGCUUUCCACUUCCCCUCCCCUUUGUUCUUUCUAGUUUCUACCCCCAUUUUCCUGCAGGGCUUUGUUUUCUACUGUUAUGUAAUACGAUGGGACAGUGAUUUACGGAAUACACCAUAUAUUUUUCCCUGAA